UUCUCUGCAGAGUCUUUAAUGAAGAGAAACAGUGCACGAAGGAAUGGAUUGGUCCCUGAAGCGUUUCAUUUUCGCUCUUGUUAUGCUCAUUCUUCAGCGCAAUGGCGAUUUAUUAGUUGAUGGUGGAGACACCCUCUCUUUGGGGGUUUCUCUGAGGGAAAAGCAGACUAUUAUUUCAAAUAAUGGUACUUUUGAAUUGGGAUUUUUUAGUCCUAACGGAACCAGCAAAUGGUAUGUUGGCAUCUGGUAUGCCCAGAUCUCUGUCAAGACCAUCGUUUGGGUGGCUAACAGGGAAACUCCCAUCAAACACAUGCCGGGUGUUUUGACGCUCUCUACGUUUGGUUAUCUCAUCAUAUCUGAUUUGCAAGGAAAAGCCGUUUGGUCUAGUAAUAGUACUCAGCAGGCAAAGGCGUCCAGAGCUUCCAUACUGGACACUGGAAAUUUUGUUCUUUUAGGCUCCAAGAACACUUCUGAGAUUGUGUGGGAGAGCUUCGCGAAUCCCACUGAUCAUCUUUUGCCUACGAUGAAGUUUUGGAAAGGUUUGAAAUUAAUCUCUUGGAAGAGUUCGGUGGAUCCAGCGCCUGGGCCCUUCAUUCACCAAAUGGAUCCGUCCCCAGGAAAGAAUAGCUUUUUGCUGCAGUAUAAAAAUGGUGUUUCGUACUACAGCACGGGAGAGUGGAAUGGUAAAUAUUACGCCACCAUAGCACCGGGAUUAUCUUCUACCUUAUAUCAACAGGAAUUGGUGGUGUUUUCUCCAACGAGAAUGUACUACAUGUAUUCGUAUACACCCAAUGCUGAUUCUACGGUGGUGAUGAAGGAAAUUUUCCACGAGAAUGGCGAGCUAUCACGCUACUCUUGGGCAAAUAACAAUUGGAACCUGAUUGAUAGUGCACCCAAAUCAAGUUGCGGCGUGUAUGGUGUAUGCGGGGCUUAUGGAGUGUGCUUCACUCAAGAAAAUAUUCAGUUAUGCGAAUGCGUGCAAGGCUUUCAGCCAAGAGACUCAAAUUCCUGGCGUUCUCAGGAGUGGUGGCUAACCGGUUGUGUUCGGCGUACUCCAUUAAACUGCUCCGCCAUCAACGGCAGUAGGAGUGACGACACAGAUGGUUUUCUCCAAAUUAGUAAUAUCACUUUGUCUGAUGAAGAAGGUGAUCAGUAUGGCCAAGAUUCGAGUCUUUUAGAAUGUAAAACUGCUUGUCUCAACAAUUGCUCCUGCACUGCCUUUGCUUUCACUAAUUCUAUUCCUGGUGUUUGUAAAUUGUGGUUUAGCGAUCUGUUAGGUCUCAAGGCUACUUCUUCUACCGGCCUGCCCUUAUUCAUUCGAUUGGCUGCUUCUGAUGUGCCACAGUCGUCACCCAACACAGGAAGGAGAAGCAGAAUAGUUGCAUUUUCCAUUUCAAUUUCUGUGGGCGUCGCUGUUUUGUGUACUCUGUUUGCAUGGUUUAUUCAGCUCAGGCGUGGAAGACUGCUUGGAAAAGUCGAGUAUUCCGACACAACAAUAUCGCUCAGAACAUUCACUUGCAACGAGCUCAAAACUGCGACCAACAAUUUCACCCAUAUGUUGGGAAAGGGAGCAUUUGGCUCUGUCUUCAAAGGAACUCUGCCAGACGUUACACUUGUGGCCGUGAAAAAAUUAGAGGGUCCUGCGCAAUCAGAAAAGCAAUUCCGUGCUGAAAUAAGCACCAUUGGAAACAUACAACAUUUGAAUUUGGUGAGGCUCCGGGGAUUCUGCGUAGAGGGAUCUCAAAGAAUGCUUGUUUAUGACUAUAUGCAAAACGGGUCUCUCGACUCUUUCUUGUCCCGCAAGUCUAAAGAAGCAGACAGAUUGUUGGACUGGAAAACCAGGUUUGGAAUCGCUUUAGGUACUGCAAGAGCUUUAGCUUACCUUCACGAAGGAUGCAGGGAUCGCAUCAUCCAUUGCGAUAUCAAGCCAGAGAAUAUUCUUCUAGAUGCAGAUUUUUCCCCCAAAAUCGGUGAUUUUGGACUGGCAAAACUUGUUGGCAGAGAUUUCAGCGCAGUGUUGACGACAACAAGAGGAACGAGAGGGUAUUUGGCUCCGGAGUGGAUAUGCGGCCUGCCAAUCACAGUGAAGGCAGAUGUAUACAGUUUCGGCAUGACCCUGCUCGAAAUAAUCUCAGGCCGACGAAAUAUUGAUUUGAGUGUGCCAGAGUCGCAAUACUUUCCGACGUGGGCAGCAACAGAAAUUCAGAAAGGGAACAUAAUGGGCAUCGUGGAUGAAAAAAUUGCAGGCAAAGCGGAUGUGGAAGAGGUGAGAAGAGCAGCUGUGGUAAGCAUUCAGUGCAUUCAAGAGGAUGAGAAUAGGAGGCCGAGCAUGAGCCAAGUUGUUCGGAUGUUGGAAGGCAUAUCGGAUGGUGACGUGGAAUUAUGAGAGGUCCCUGCAAGUGCUCGUGGAUAACCAUUGACAGGAGUAACCCUGGAGAAGAUAAUAUGAUUGUAAACAAAGGCGGCUGUAUUAUUGCGGACUUUUCCAUUUACCAAAUAUAACAGUACAUAGUUAUUUUCUAGGGUCA